GGCAUAACGCAUGCGCUUUAUGUUCACCGCCUGAGCGCGCGGGCCGGGAAACACGACACGGCUGCGGUAUUCAUGUUCCGGGGCGCGCGUGGAUAAAGCGUAAAGGAGAACAGAGAGCACGCGCUUGGCUUGGCUGGAGCGGGUCUGCUGUACAGCGCUGCAGGAUCGGUGUCGGUGCGCAAAGGAGAGCGACAAUGUGAGAGAGAGAGAGAGAGAGAGAGAGAGAGAGAGAGAGAGAGGUGUGGAAUGGGAACCUGCCGACCAGUUUUCCUCCGCGCGCGCACAUACGUACACGUACACACGGACGCGCGAGGAGGCACGCCGCUGCACAGGUGAUGCGCAUUAGUUCAGUUUUAGGAAAAGCUCCAGCACGUGCGGAUUAUAUUUGAUGUUUUAUUACAAGUCGGUGUGGACUCGCGCCGUUUCUGAACGCCGCCAUCAGGACUGCGCGUAACGGAGCCGUGUUUCAGUAGGAGCACAGACGCCUUUAACGCAGGAAACACACACAUACUCACACACAAAGAGAAGAAGAGACACACAGAGAGAGGGGACGCUUUAAAGGACAAGGACAAGGACUGCUCGAGCCAAGAUGAACCCUGUCGUGUUUAAUAAGCUGAGCAGCCCGGUGUUGUUCGAGGACAAGGCGAGUGAGGUGGAGAGGAGCAGCCGGAAUUAUCUGGAGGUGAUUGACGAGCAGCAUGCGGAUCUCCUCUCCCGGAGCCACCAGAUCACAGACAGCUCUGUGAUGAGACACAGACGACCAGGGUCUCGUCAGAGCGGAGGAAAAGUUCGUCACAAGCGUCAGGCUCUUCAGGACAUGGCUCGACCGCUCAAACAGUGGCUCUAUAAACACCGUGACAAUCCCUAUCCCACCAAAACGGAGAAGAUCCUCCUCGCACUCGGCUCCCAGAUGACACUGGUGCAGGUGUCUAACUGGUUUGCAAAUGCACGACGGCGGUUGAAGAACACGGUGCGGCAGCCGGACCUCAGCUGGGCUCUCAGGAUUAAACUCUACAACAAAUACGUACAGGGCAAUGCUGAGAGACUCAGCAUCAGCAGUGAUGACUCCUGCUCAGAAGAUGGUGACCCGGCUGCUCGAGCCCAGACGGGUGAGUUCAGCAAGCCCAUGUAUCAGAGUGUCAUCAAAAAAGAGGGCAGCGGCGUGGGGGCGGGCCUUCGGGCGGCCGCAGACGCCUCGUUGGCUGAGGACUACGUGUCUCCACCAAAAUACAAGAGCAGCCUACUACACCGCUACCUGAACGACUCGCUGCGCCACGUCAUGGUGGCCAACGGUGUGACGGACGCCCGCAGGAGGAACCACUCCGGCUCCUUCAGUUCCAACGAAUAUGACGAGGAUCUCCUCUCGCCAUCCUGCUCGGAAACAGAGGCCAACUUCGUCUACCGUACAGAGGCUGUGGAUCAUGGAUCAAGUAAAUGUGACAACAGCGUCACGCCGAAGGAAAAGGGACGCGGAAAAGACGAGACGUACUGGCGAGAGAUCAAUGCAGCCAUGGCGCUGACCAACCUGGCCAAGCCUAAAGACGGUGCUCCCGCAGGCACCACCAGCUGCAUCAUCCAGAAAUCCUCUCAUAUAGCCGAAAUCAAGACUGUCAAAGUACCCAUCAUGCACAAGUACUAGCAACACCCUCAUCUGGAAAACAACCCAACGUGACUCUCUUUUACUUUUGGAAUCUGCAUAUUUGUUUGUGUUUAUAUUUUGUUGUACUUAUGAAUAUGAAGUAGGUUUUUUUUGUUCUUCUGUACUUUAAGCCGAGUUGUUAAAGUGCCCUGAAAUGCAGCACUUUGUUGUUGUUUUGAGGUUUGUGCCUUAUUUGAUGCACAAGCGCUUUUCAUACUAAGUGUUGAUGAUGAUGAUGACAGUAUUGCAGAAUGAGACACUUUUGCAUUAACUUAUUUUGAUAUGCUUUUUUUUUUUUUUUAUACUCUGAAAUUUCUAUUCUUUCAUGCCAAAGUGCCUUCAUGUAAAGUAAAAAAAAAAAAAAGUGGAAGUGCACAUCUUUUACAUGACAUUCAGUUCCCUGGUGCAGUUCCUGGAGUUUUUGCAAAGAUUCUACAUUUUUGCUUGACAUUAUUUAUACAGUGCCCAAUGUUCAGAAUGAUCAUUAUAUAUAUAUAUAUAUGUUUACACCAUUUUAAUGAUAGGAUCCCGGUCAGUGAUUUGUCACUGUCAAUACGAUCGGAUACAGCGUGUUCCUUUUAUAACGUCAACAUUACUUCGCGACCUUGCAGUUUGAACUAACCCGAAGGCUUUUUUUUUUUUUU